GAGCACAGCUUACUGUAUAACUGGAGAGUGAACUGGACAGGCACAUACUGGCACAUUCUAUACUGAGAGUGUUUAAAAUUAUAUGAAGAAUGUGGAGCAUCUGUGUACAGCACAGCCCAUAGCCAAGUGAGCAGGACCGGUGAGCGACUUCCAGAUCUACUAAUAAAGAGUGAUGCCGCGUUCCUUUGGCAACUGUUCAAGUGUGGGAGAUUCUCUAAAUCAUGUGGAACCUUUUCAUAACCUAAAUAAAUUGGAAGUCAACAUGGGAAACAAUUGCUAUAGUUUUUGUGAUAUAAAUCCUGAGGAUUGUAACAUGACACUGGAUGAGUUGCUUUUUAAAUAUCUGGGUCCUCAACAGUCGAGCUACUUUACCCCAAUAUGUGUUAUUUACCUGUUCAUCUUUGCAGUUGGAGCUGUGGGAAAUAUACUGACUUGCAUCGUGAUUCUCAAACACAAGAUUAUGAGAACUCCUACUAAUUACUACUUAUUAAGCCUGGCCAUUUCUGACUUGCUCGUUCUUCUUCUGGGAAUGCCUCUGGAACUCUAUGAACUUUGGAGCAACUAUCCUUUUGUUUUGGGGGAAGGUGGCUGUUCAUUUAAGACACUGCUCUUUGAGACAGUUUGCUUUGCCUCUAUACUAAAUGUAACUGCUCUGAGUGUGGAGAGGUACAUUGCAGUUGUACAUCCUCUUCGGGCCAAGUAUGUGGUAACCAGAAACCAUGCCAAGAGAGUCAUCUUCACUGUGUGGGUCAUAUCUAUUCUGUGCUCCAUUCCCAAUACAAGCCUUAAUGGCAUAUUGCACCUACGUGUGUUGGGAAUAGGUGUAGUGCCAGGAUCUUCCACCUGCACUGUAGUGCGGCCCCGUUGGAUAUACAACCUUAUAAUCCAGAUUACCACCAUAUUUUUUUUCUUUUUACCCAUGGGCACCAUCAGUGUCCUGUACCUUCUUAUUGGCCUUCAACUUAAGAAAGAAAAAAUGUUGCAAGUCUUAGAAACCAAAUCUGGAAAGGAAGGAGACAGUUACCAAAAUAUUCGGCUGCAGCAGGAGAAGACCCGAAGGAGACAGGUGACAAAAAUGCUAUUUAUCUUAGUGGUGGUAUUUGGGAUCUGCUGGGCACCCUUUCACACGGAACGGCUCAUGUGGAGUUUCAUAAAUGACUGGACAGAAGCGAUGCAUCAAAUAUUUAGCUUUGUCCAUGUGAUCUCUGGGGUGUUAUUCUACCUGAGUUCUGCGGUUAACCCCAUCCUGUACAACCUACUGUCCACGCGAUUCCGGGAGAUGUUUAAGGAGGUCAUGUGCCAUGGGAGGACAAAGAGGCUGGGUUCCAGGAGGUCUUCCCCAAGUGUCACACGUGGAACCACACGCAGCACAGUGUGUGAGAAUAUUCCUGGAAAUGGAUUACGAUUCUCUGAUGUUGAUGAGUUUGUUGUAUAUUUAGAGUGUGAUAAUGUGGCAAAAAGUUAGUCAUUUUUCUAUAUCAACUAAAACUACCUUAAAGCUGGCCAUAGAUGCAAAGAUCCCAUCGUUCGAUUCCUCGAACGAUCGGACUUCCCCAUCUCUUGA